AUGUUUACAGAACUCAACAGCAUCUUGAACGAGAGCCCGGAAAACUUCAGCACGGGCGAGUUUGUGCUGCUGUCCGACAGGCAGAGUGAUGCCUCCUUCCUCAUCCAUCACUUUCUGGGAUUCUACCUCAGAGCUGGCUGUCAAGUCUGUUUUGUAGGUCUGGCGCAGUCAUUGAGUCACUACAGCGCAGUCAGCCAGAGAUUGGGUGUGAGUCUGUCUCAGGCUAAAGAAAAAGGUCAGCUGGUGUUCCUGGAAGGACUCAAUGAAUCCUUGUCCAUCCUCAAUCCUGAUGGCGCCAGACCAGGAAGUCAGGCCAUGGACUUUCUCAGGAAUCCCGGGGCAGGCCUGCGAAGUCUCUUCCAAUCUGUACACUCCAGCCUCACCUCACAGGGGGCGGAGUCCGGCUCGCUCCGCCCACCCGCGCUGCUGGUGGACGACGUCAGCGUGCUGCAGAGUCUCGGCGUCAGCGUGGACUCCGUGCUGGAUUUCAGCCAUUACUGCCGUGCCCUGGUCUGCUCGCAACUGAAGGGCAACGUGGUGAUGCUGCUGCGCUGCGACGGAGAAGACGACGACGAUGAUACGGGAAGUGAGGAGAGCUCGGAGAGGUUAUUGAGAGGACUGACUCACCAAUGUAGCCUAUCGCUUAGCGUACAAGGUCUUCCAACGGGUUAUUGCCGGGACAUCCACGGUCAGUUGGAGGUAUGGGACAGAAGAAGACAAGCUGAUGGUCAGGACCAGAAGAAGACGACCUUUCAGUACAAAGUCCAUGACAAAGGAGCCUCCUUCUUCGCUCCGGGGACAUCAAGUGCCGUUCUCUAG